AUGCGUCGUACUGGCUGGGAUUAUGUUGUGAAGCUACGCGCAUUCUUUGUUGGAUUGGCCAGUGCGCAGGACGAAGCACAUGACCAUAUGGUUUGCUACUUGAAAAAGUGGUGUCCUCAUCGCCAGCCGCUGUUCACCAGGGUUGGUAUCGAAAGCUUUCCAUUUUCCAAGCAUCUUGUGGAGUUCAAGGUUGAUGUAUGA